CAAUGGAAAAUGAUGAUAAUAUAAAUAAUCGAAGAGGAAGAAGAAGAAAAUCAGACAACAUGAUGAUGUCGUGGAUGAUAAAUUUAAUGGCCAUUAUUUGGUCAAUAACAAUAAUAAUAGUUAAAGUGGAUGGUCUUCAAUCACCACCAACAAUGAUUAAACAACCACAACAUGAAAAAUUAUUUGAAGUAUUUCAAGGUUCAGAUGCUGAACAAGCUGAAAGACCAUUUGUACUUGAAUGUGAAGCUAAUGGAAAUCCUGAACCAACAUAUUCUUGGAAAAAGAAUGGUAUCGAAUUUAGUUAUGUUGCAUAUGAUAAACGUAUUACACAACAACCAAGACGUGGUUCGUUAGUAUUUACUAAACCACAAGCAAUUGAUGAAGGUCUUUAUCAAUGUUUUGCUGAAAAUAAACAUGGUCGUUCGGUAUCGAAUGCUGUUUAUUUGAAAAAAGCUGAAUUAAAUUCAUUUUCAAGUAAUGACAUAUCUGUUUUACAUGCAAUGGAAGGUGAACCAUUUACAAUACCAUGUCAUCCACCUACUGGUUAUCCAAGACCACAAGUAUUUUGGAUUAUACAAUCCGAUUCUGGUGCAUUGAUUAACGGUAUUAAUUCAUCUCGUCUUUCAGUUGAUCCAGAAGGAAAUCUACAUUUUUCAAAUUUAACACAUAAAGAUACACUAACUGAUGCUGUUUAUGCUUGUAGUGCAACAUCAACAUUCAAAACAACAUAUCGUAUUGGACGUCGUACAAGAUUAAUUGUUGAACCAUCCGGUGCAAUAGGUCAAACUAGUUAUCCACCAACAAGACAAUAUGCAUCACCACCGAAUGUACCAGCAUUGAAAGGAAAACGAUUAGAUUUAUAUUGUAUAUUUGGUGGUACACCUAUACCCGAAGUAACAUGGUAUAAACGAAAUGGACGUAUUCGUGAAGGUGUUACGAAAACAAAUUAUGGCAAAACAUUAACAUUUCCAAAAGUAGAAUUCAAUGAUGAAGGUAUCUAUGAAUGUACAGCAUCCAAUGGUGUUGGUUCAAUACAAACACAUGCUAUGGAAGUUGUUGUCAAAUCGAUACCAUAUUGGAUUGAAGCACCAAAUAAUACGAAUGCUGCCGAUACUGAAACAGUUACAUUUCGUUGUAAUGCUGCCGGUGUACCUGAACCUAAAUUACAAUGGUUUAAAAAUGGUGAACCAUUAGUAUCGAAUGAUCGUAUACGUGUAAAUGGUGAUGAAUUGACAAUAACUAAUGUACAAGAAAUUCUUGAUACUGCCGUUUAUCAAUGUAAUGCAUCAAACGUUAAUGGUUAUGCAUUUAGAGAUUUUUAUCUGAAUGUAUUAAAAUUACCACCGGAAAUUGUUGAUCCACCUGAAAAAGAAACACGUGCUGUUGUUACAUCUGAUGUUAUACUUAAAUGUCGUGUAUUUGGUGCACCAAAACCUGAAGUGAAAUGGGAAAAAGAUGAUACACCAUUGAAUGGUGCCAAUUAUGAAGUACUUGACGAUGGUGAUCUGCGAAUCCAUGAUGUUCGUGUAACCGAUCAAGGAAAAUAUAAAUGUAUUGCGACAAAUAAAUUUGGCACCAGAUUUGCAUCGGGUGAAUUGAAAGUGAAAGGAAAAACAAAAAUUAUUCAUGCACCGGAAAAUUAUGAAGUGGCUGCCAAAAAAACUGCCGUAUUUCGUUGUAGUGCUGAAGCUGAUCCAAGUUUAGAUCUAAAAAUAUCAUGGACAUUCAAUGAACGUCCAAUCGACACUGCACAUGAUCCGAGAAUUGUUCAAUCAACAGAUAAUUCAUUGACCAUUACAACAACAAAAGAAUUAGAUUCCGGUCUUUAUACAUGUAUUGCAAGUACUGAACUUGAUUCUGUGAAUGCUUCAGCUACAUUAACUGUACAAGAUGUGCCUAAUUCACCAAAAAUAAUUAGUGUUGUAUGUGAAGGUCUUACCGCUAUGGUUGAAUGGAUACCUACAGGUGAUAAUCGAGCUCCAGUCUUAUCAUAUGAUAUCCAAUAUAAUACAUCAUUUCAGCCGGAUAAUUGGCUUAAUGCAUUUACAAAUUUACCUGGACCGGAUACAAAAUUAAGAGUAGCCAUGAGUCCAUGGUCGAAUUUUACAUUCAGAAUGAUUGCUAAGAAUAAAAUUGGUCCCAGUGAACCAAGUAAACCUCAUGGAUUUUGUUCAACAAAAGAAGAUGUUCCAUAUAAAAAUCCUGAUAAUGUUGUUGGACGUGGUGAACAACCAGGAACAUUAGUAAUACGUUGGACACCAAUGACACCAAUUGAUCAUAAUUCUGAAGGUUUUUAUUAUAAAGUAUCAUGGAAACGACAUGAUAUUGAAAAUGAUUCAUGGCAAAGUCGUCAAAUAACGGAUUGGAAACAGAAUCAUUUAACGAUUGAAAAUCAACCAAUAUUCAAACCAUAUCGUAUUAAAGUCCAAGCACAUAAUCGUCGUGGUGCUGCACGUUCUGCAGCUGGUGAAGUAAUUGGUUGGUCAAGUGAGGCUAAACCAUUACGAUCACCGGAAAAUUUUCGUGUUAUUGAAGUACGUGAUCAUAAAUCAGCAUUAAUGGCUUGGGAUCCAGUAACAUCAGAUUCUGUACGUGGACAUUUUCAAGGUUAUAAAAUCCAAACAUAUGCAGUUGGUGAAGAUAUAAAAUUAAUGCGUGAAGUAAAAAUACCACCAAAUGUUUCGAGAAGUUUGGUACAGAUUUUCAAACCAAAUUCACGAAAUAUUGCCCGAAUUUUUGUGUAUAAUUCAAUGUAUAUGAGUGAUCCAUCAAAUGAGGUUGUUAUCAAUACACCGGAAGGUGUUCCCGGUCCUGUAUCAUCAUUCGAAGGUGUUUCAAUGGGAUCGAAUGCUAUUUACUUGUAUUGGUCACCACCCGAUGAACCGAAUGGAAAAAUUACCGGUUAUCGUAUUUUCUACGAAAGUGUUGAUGGCACUGAACUUGGUCCGAAACAAGAACGAUUUCCACAGAUUGAUGAUCCAAAAAUUACCGGUGUUAAACUUGGCAAUCUAUUACCCGGUACAAAAUAUCGUGUCACAAUUCAUUCUGUCACUAAAGUUGGUAUGGGCGAACCAUUCUUCAUCGAAUUGGAAACAAAAGGAGAGGAUGCAGCUGCACAACCGGAUAAACCGGUUUUCGACAUUGAUCAUGUACGUGCUAAUGAUGGAACUGAUCAUGUAAAAAUAACUUGGUAUCCUAAUUCCUCUAAAAUACCGGGCAAUAAUUUCUAUGUACAAUAUCGAUUAAAAGGAACCAAUUCAUUUUUCAGCACUCCAAGAGAUGAAAAUCAAGAUUCAACAGUGGUUUACAUUAGUGGAUUGGAUCCGGAUAAAACUUAUGAAGUAAGAAUUGUUGCUGUUGAUGGUAAAUAUGAAACACCGAGUGAAUUAAAAGAAGUAAUACCAAGUGGCAUGUACGGUAUGGAUCCAAUUGGACAUAUUUCUAAUUUUGCACCUUGGUUCAUAUCAAUGAUGUGUGCAAUUGCAUUGUUAAUUGUUGCUGUUGUUCUUGUCUGUAUUGUUAAACGUAAUCGUGGUGGUAAAUAUUCUGUACAUGAGAAAGAGGUUGCCCAUGGCAAAGAUGAUUAUGAAGAAGCCGGUUUUAAUGAAUAUAAUGUUGAAUAUAAUAAACGAUUAUCAGCAUUUCCACGUGGUGGUAGUCGUCAUUCAAUGAAUAGUAGCCUAAAUCCUGAAAGCGAUGAAGAUUCAAUGGCCGAUUAUGAAGCGGAUAGUUCAAAAUUUGGUGAAGAUGGAUCAUUCAUCGGAGAAUAUGGUCCAAAGAAAAAACGUGAUGAUGUUCAAUCACCAACUGGAAUUGCUACUUUUGUUUAAUUGUGUUCGUAUACAACACAAUAUCGACAACAAUUAUUUCAACUGCCAGAAUCUUUAUCGCCUUAUCCAAAAUUAUUAACUUUCAAGAAAACAAUGAAGUCAAGUUGUGAUUAUUAUUAUU